GCGUACUGCACCAGUAAGCAUCAUGUAUGUUUUGUAUAUUGCACAAAAAAUUACACAUUAUGUUUCACCCUAUAUAAUAAUUGGUGUAAUGGUCGAUAUACUGCAACUUCAUCCACUAGGUCACAAAUGAAUGGUGGAAUUCUUUUUUGUUUCGAAUUAUGUGUCUUAGCUGGGGCUAUGCAUUCUUAGAAGUAUAUCAUUUUAAUUGGUUAGGAUGCAGAAAGAGUAAUAAUCUGUAACAUACGAAUAAUGAUGCGAGCUUGGCAAUUAGUCGAUAUCAAUGGUGAAAUUAUCAAUGAAGAGGAUAUUUCCAGUGUUGGAUCUGAUUGGUCAUUCAUUCAAUUCGAUCCAGAUGAUGGUUAUCCAAGUCGCCCACAUUCAGUAGCUGGUCGACGUUCAGAUAAUGAAACUGAACACCGUUCGCGUUCCCCUUCAGCACACAGUGACUAUAAUUGUUAUAGUUCCCACUGCAGUCCAGAAAGAUAUGUUGAACCUCGUGUGAAAACUAAAAAUAAUGAUAAAUCAAUAAAGAACAAACAAUUUCCUGCCAUUGUUCCUAUGAAUGUGAUUAGUCGUGUAUCAUCGAAAACGGAAACAUUGAAAGUUCAUUCUCGAAAUGGAUUACGACCUGGUCACAUACAUCAGUCUUCGAAUAUAAAUACAAAUGGAUCGCGUCAAAUACUAGCGCGUUGGAAUGCUAGUCGGAAGCAUAAUAACAAUCACCACACAAAUCUUUGUGUAGAUGCUCAACGUUCCAAAUGUCUUCGUCGGGGCCCAUUGAUUAAUCACGGUUUUCAACGUCGUCAAGUUCGUUUGGGCAACGGGGGACAUGUACCUUGCCAAAGAAGUUGAAGAAAGCAGAAAAUCGAAACAUUAAUGACAAUGUUUGUAAUGUUUUACCUCCGUUGUUACUUCAAUUUUGGUGUCAGUUGUCUGUUUCUGUUUUCUUUCGUUUGUUUACUCACUUUAUCGGUGUAAUAAUCACUAUUAACAUUCUCGAUAUUUUCUUGAUUUAUUAGUUGGAUAUUUUAGUGUUACAUCACAGGUUUGUAGACAAAACAAUGAGGAAAUCAACACAAAAAUGGUUUCCACCUUUGACAUUCAUUUUGCGGAAGUUGAACUGUUUUCUAAAUGUUGUUAAGGAAGUAGGUUGAGUUGGUGUUUUUUUUCUUUUUUCCGUAACUU